AUGAAUGAUGAUAUACGCUUAUUUGCAAUGAAUCCAUUAAAAUUCAUUUCAAAAGUAAUUGGUGCUAUAGUUAUUACUGUUACUGGAUUGAUAUGGUGCCUAUUUAUUUUAAUAUGGAUUUGUGGUUAUAGAUUUGCUAAUCUAUUUCGGCAAACAGCGAAGGGGAAAGACAACAAGCCUCUUCAUUAUAUCGCAUGGGACGAAAAAACGCGGAAGAAUCCAGGUGCAAACACAAAACCUUGGAAUCAUGCUUACGUCACAGUGCCAGAAUCUGGAAUGAGAUUUCAUUAUGUCUAUUCAGGAAAAAUGCCGAAUCAUCUUGCUAUUUCCGACAUUGACGGAGAGACAAUUAGUGAACUAAUAAGUGCAGAAGAUGAUGACACAAAAUUGAUAUUAUGUCUUCACGGAUUUCCAGAGAACUGGUUUAGUUGGAGACAUUUAUUGCGUCACUUCGACAAAUCGCCAAAAAACCUUGACAACUAUUUUGUUGUUGCAACUGACCUUCGUGGAUAUGGCGAUUCCGACAAACCGAGUAAACUCGAUCAAUAUCAUCUCAACAUUCUUGUAUCGGACGUGAGAGGUGUCACACAGCAACUUGGAUACCAAAAGUUCUCUCUUAUUGGCCACGAUUGGGGAGGUCUGACACAAAUUUAUCCCGAAAUUUUGGAAAAAUGCAUCAUAUUGAGUUGUCCAUAUUUUCAUGCAAUUUCCGACACAAUAAGGCAAAAACCAUACCUGGCUAUAAAGAUGACGUACGUGAUAUUUUUCCAAAUGCCACUGCUUCCCGAGUAUUUCAUUAAUUUUUUGAAUCACGAAUUUCUUGAUAUAUGCUUGAAUGGAUCGAACGCAGGGAUUCAAAAUUCAGAAAAUCGCCUGACAAAAGCUGAAUUGGAAGUCUACAAAUACAGCUUGAGAAAAUCGGCGGCAACGUGCGCAAUCAACUUCUACAGGGCAGCCAUUUGGCCUUUCUGUAAGUUUCAGCACCUUCACUACCCUCGAAUCAAGAGAACGGGGAAGCGUUUACACGGAGUGCCUAAUAUGCUGUUAUGGGGAGACAGGGAUAGACUCUUGGAUAAGUCCUUCGCUGAAAAUACUAAUAAACAUCUCAGUCCAAAUAAUGGUAGUAAGGUUAUCAUACUGGAAGAAGUUAGUCAUUGGAUUCAACAAGAUUCGCCCCAGAAAACUAUAAAACAUAUCGUAGAUUUUAUUCAGAGUUAGACUACACAAAUUAGAAUAUUCACU